AUGGCCAUCUUUGGAGAAAUUUAUUGUUGUGAGUUCCAUUUUCCAUGGAUCACCUUGCCAAAGGAUUGCAACAGAAGCAGUGAAAGGAGUGCAAGGAAUGUAGAGGAGAGGAACUCGAAGUGCAGUCACAUCUCCCAUUCACUCCUCUCCAAGGAUCAGCUUCAGCAUGAAGGGCCAUAUCAUGUCACAGGGUGGCUGGGAGACCUCAACAACAGAAUACAGGGGAUAAAGACACAAUGCCUGGAAGAAGCCUUAUCCACAAGAACCUUCACAGGGUGCUCAAUGGCAAAGAUCAGUUGCUACAAGCCCACAUACAAAUCUAAUGUUGAUAAUAACAACUAUGACACAAGCUGCAAGAUUAGGGUUCCUGCAAGGACUGACAGAAUCUUGUUCAAGGUUGAGCAUGAUCAUGGUAUUGAUGCAAUCUUGAACUCUUAUGAAUCCAUUGAUUACAUCAAGAGCUCUGACCACAAACCAGUGAAAGCUCAUCUUUGUCUGAAACUGAACUCACAUUCAGAUCUCUACAGAUCCACAACUCUUAUAUAA